GGGUUAGUGUGUUUAGAUCCAGCGUCAUGCGGGAGCAGAGUAAUUCCAAAAAACGUACUCACAGUUGACUUUUCUCUUCUUUCUUUGACUCUUGGAUGUUUUUAAAAUGUCAUUGUUUCAGGAUCCUUCAGUUUCCCCUGAGGAGGUCCAGCGGCUUUCAUUGAAUAAAGACGAGGUUUCCCGAGAGCAGCUGGAUGGGAGCUUCAGACUGAACCAAGAAGUUGCAGGGCCUCUGUGCAUUAAAGAGGAACCAGAGGAUCUGUGGGGCAGUCAGGAGGGAGAGCGGCUCCAAGGGCCAGUGGAGGAUGAUAUCAUCAAGUUCACUUUUGUGCCUGUCACUGUAAAGAGUGAAGAUGAUGCAGAGAAACCUCAGUCUGCAAUGCUGUAUCAAAGAAAGAAUAAACAGAAGGAAACAGGAGCAGAUGAAGAGGACUGUGGCGGAUCAGAAGCAGCCAGGUACUUUGAUCGAGAGAAAAAUGUGCAGCCAGAGAUCGAGGUUGAGAUUGAAGACUUCUCUGACCCUGACACUGAUGACAGUGCUGAUUGGAAGGAAAGAACAGAGCCCCAGUCAGGUUUAAACACAGUGAAAGAGGUCAAAAACAAGAGGAGAAAAACUGACAAAUCAUAUAGCUGCUCUGAGUGUGGGAAAAAAUUUGAUCAAAAAACUAAUCUCACCCGACAUGAGACGGUCCACACAACAGUGAAACCUUUUAGCUGCUCUGAGUGUGGGAAAACAUUUGCCCAUAAAGAUUAUUUGUCAAAACACAUGAUAAUUCACACAGGAGAGAAACCCUUCAGCUGCCUUGAAUGUGGUAAAAAAUUUAAUCAAAAAUGUAAUCUCGUCAUGCAUAAGUCAGUCCACACUGGAGAAAAGCCCUUUAGCUGCUCUAUUUGUGGAAAAACAUUCACCCUUAAAAGAAGUGUGACAACACACAUGAUCACUCACACAGGGGAGAAACCCUUCAGCUGCUCUGAGUGUGGUAAAAGUUUUACUCAACGAGGUAAUCUCAACCAACAUAUGAUAGUCCACUCUGGUGAGAAACCCUUCAUCUGUUCGGUGUGUGGUCAAAAAUUUUCAUAUGACUCUAAUCUGAGAUCUCAUAUGGCUGGACACAGAGGAGAGAAACCCUUCAGCUGCUCUGAGUGUGGCAAAAGCUUUAAGUUUAAUUAUUAUCUGACACUUCACAUGGCACAUCACAGAGGGGAGAAACCCUUCACCUGCUCUGAGUGUGGUAAAAGCUUUAAGUACAGUUACACUCUGAAAAUACACACUGCACAUCACAGAGAUGAGAAACCCUUCAGCUGUGAUGUUUGUGACCAAAAGUUUGCUUGGCCUACUCAGUUGAAAAAACACAAGUGUGUGGGCAGUCAGGCCUCAGAGCCUCUUCAAAACCAAACAGGAAAGAAAAAGAAAGCAAAAACAAGAACUGAUGGGGAGGACUGGGGAGGAUCAGAACCAGUCAGGAACUCAGAUCCUGACACACAAUUACAACCAGAGACUAAGGUCAAGACAGAAGACUUUUCUGAACCUGAGAUCGAAGACGAUGAUAAUGACUGGAAGGAGAUCAGAGAACAUGAGUAAUGCUUGAUAUUGCGAAUUUCCUUUAGGGUUAGUAGAUGCUAUAGUGUUUCUGAGAACAAUCUGAGUGUGGUAGUACAUUCAACUGGAAAGUUAAUCUGGUAUAUAUACUGUAUAUUUUGUUUAUGGCAUAUAUCAGAGCCCCAACCCCAGGCUAAACCAUUUAACCUGUCCUAUGUGUUUUGGUUUUUAUGGAUCAGUUUGUGAAUAUGUCUGGGAAUUAAUUAUACUGUUUCUUUUUGUUGAAGUUUGUUACAUAUCAUUGUGAAACUAACAGGCGGUAAUCAUCAGUGAAAUAACUGGUAUCAGCAUUGUACUAGAUGUGUCUGUGUAUCUAAAAACUGUGGCGAGACUCUUUCUAGAUAUACCAGGGGGCUUGGCAAGAUUAAAUAAACCUUUUUAUCUCAUUCUUA